AUGUUUGGGAUGAGAUUGCUGCCCUUUUUGGCGAACGCCGUUAUUUUGUUCAAUUUUGCUAUUGGUGAUAAUGAUGCAGCUUCACUGUCAGGUACUUGGUCAUCGAAGUCUAAUCAAGUGUUCACUGGUCCUGGGUUCUAUGAUCCUGUUGAUGAGCUGCUAAUUGAACCUGCGUUGCCAGGUAUUUCUUAUUCGUUCACUGAGGAUGGUUAUUUUGAAGAGGCCCAAUAUAGAGUAGUCGCGAAUCCAAGAAAUAUUGGAUGUCCACAGGCAGUUUUAAUCUAUCAGCAUGGUAAAUAUGAAAUAUUGACUAACGGUACUUUGAUAUUAACUCCAUUUGAAGUAGAUGGUAGACAGUUAUUGAGUGAUCCAUGCAAUGAUGAUGGUGUUUCUACUUAUUCAAGAUAUAACCAAUCUGAAACCUUUUUAUCAUUUGAUAUUUCUAUAGAUGAUUACCAUGGUAUUUACAAGUUACAAUUGAACCAAUUUGAUGGUUCACCAUUACAACCUUUGUAUUUGGCUUAUAGACCUCCAAUGAUGUUACCAACUAUAACUUUGAAUCCAACAGCUACAAAUGAUCCUACCGAUGCGGUUGGCAAAGGUUCAGUAAGCAAAAGAUCUCUAAGGCAAAUAGUGAAAAGAAACUUGGAAAACAAACACAAACAGUUGGCUACCAAGAAAUACAGCGGUAUAUUAGUAUCUCCAUACCUAUGGUACGUAUGCACUGGUGUCAUUGGUGUAGGUUCAGCUCUUUUCCUAUUCAGUUAA